UGUGAUUUGCUUAAUUGUGUUUGAUAGCGGAAAACACAAUCAGAGCCGUCGAUCAGUUUAGAGGUGGACAUGUGUCGUUUCACUACUGCACCGUCACUUUUUCCAGAUGCCUUAUGGCCUUACGUAGCUCCACAACUCAAAACACAAGUUAGAGAGAGGAACAGAGUAUAGAGAGAGAAAUAGAAGCACCAAACCACGGCAUAUGCUCUGAUUCUCCAAACAACGUUUCUUCUUCCUACUUUGGUUGCCUGAGAGUGGAAUUUGAAAAUGGCUAGCUCAGUGGAGAAAGAGGGUGGUUCAAAUGAGGAAGUUGUCUCCAUGGAGCUGCCUGCUCCUUCUGGUUGGAAAAAGAAGUUUUUGCCAAAGCAAGGUGGAACCCCUAAGAAAAAUGAGAUUGUAUUCACAGCUCCAACAGGAGAAGAGAUCAGUAAUAAGAAACAGUUGGAACAGUACCUGAAAGCACACCCUGGUGGUCCAGCAGCAUCUGAGUUUGAUUGGGGCACUGGUGAGACCCCGAGGAGAUCUGCGAGAAUUAGUGAGAAGGUCAAGGUAACUCCUCCCCAAAGAGAAAGUGAGCCCCCGAAGAAACGAAGCAAGAAAACAUCAACUUCAAAGCAGGAUGACAAAGAAAAAGAAGCUGCCCCUGAAGGAACUUUGGAGAUGAAAGGUGAUGAAACACAAGGGGAGCAAAAAACUGAAAAGGAUGAUGCUGGAACCAAGAAGGAUGUUCUGAAGGAAAAUCAAGACGAGAAUAAGGCACAAGAUGCAGAUACCACAACAGAAGCAGCUGCUGCUGGAGAAGCUAAGAGUGAAAAGGAAUCUCAUAUACCUAAUGAUGCUGAGAAAACUACUGAAGCAGAACAGGAGAUUUCAAAAGAAACAUCUAUUGUGAAGGAUGUUUCAGGUUCUGUCAUAUCUCAAAAUGAUACUUUGCAUGAGCAACCAACACUUGAGGAGAAAAAUGUUGAGCCAGUGGUGCAGGUUGAAGCAGCUAAAACAAGUGCUGAUGAGAAAAUGCUUGAAAUAGAGGAAAAUGCGAAAGAGAAACACAACAGAAGUGCAAUUGAAACCGAAGGAGACAAAGAAUGGAAAGAAGCAGCAAGAGGGAAUGAGGAACAUACUGGUUCAGAUACUGUUGAAGUCAGCAAGAAGGUUGGUGAAGUGACUAUAAAUGGAACCAAUAGCAAUGCGGAUGUCAAAGAGAAGCUCUGAGUCAAUGUAGAUUAGCUAGAUGCUAGCUUCUCUUCGUUCAUUCUGACCCAUUUAAAUUCCUGGUCUGUACUCUUGGUGUUAAGCUCUGAUUGUUCAUUGAGACAUAUAUAUAUAUAUAUAUAAUCAUAUUUAGUUAGGUUUAUAACCAUCUUUUGUUUUACUGGUGAGACAAGUAGCUUGCAUGUUGACUUUGUAAGUUUGUAACGUUUUAGUAUAAAAUAAUGUCAUGUAAUAUUCAGACGCGGUCCUGUAUUAAGGUAGUAAUAAUAAGAAUUCAUUUUACUUUGGCACCAA